AUGGGAAAGGUCCGCGGAGUGAACUUGGGCGGGUGGUUCGUACUCGAGCCAUGGAUUACUCCUUCCAUAUUUGAGGCAGGCCCUGCUGGAGCAGUCGAUGAAUAUACAUAUACCAAACUGCUCGGCAAGACGGAGGCUUCGACGCGUUUGGAGCGACACUGGAGCACCUUUUACACCGAGACCGAUUUCGCACUCAUAAAACAAUACGGGCUGAAUUUCGUUCGCAUUCCAGUCGGCUACUGGUCUGUGACUCCCCUCGACGGCGAUCCUUACGUUUCCGGCGCAUACAAACAUUUGGCCACAGCUUUGGACUGGGCAAACAAUCAUGGCCUCAAGGCUAUGAUCGAUCUCCACGGAGCACCAUUGAGCCAGAAUGGGUUCGACAACUCAGGAAAACUCGGACCAAUAGGCUGGACGCAGGGCAGUUCUGUCACGCAGACGAAGAAUGCCUUGAACAAGAUUCGAGAUGAUUUCGCCAACCACCCUGCAGUAGCCGCAAUCGAGCUGCUCAACGAACCAAUGGGGCCAUCUUUGGACAUGAACGUCGUUCGGCAAUUCUACUAUGACGGUUGGGGCAAUUUACGCAAUAGUCCUGUUGCUGUGACGUUCCAUGACGCCUUCAUGGGUGUAACAUCGUGGAAUUCCUUCGGAGCCGGUAUGCAGAACCUACUCCUGGAUACCCAUCAUUAUGAGGUCUUCAGCUCGGGCGAGCUUCAGAUGAGCUACCAGGACCAUCUCAACACGGCAACAAAUUUUGGCAGCCAGAUGGCAUCCAACAACAAGUGGACCAUUGCUGGAGAGUGGUCAGGAGCCAUGACAGAUUGCGCGAAGUGGCUGAAUGGGCGUAAUGUUGGCGCAAGAUACGACGGCACAUUCAAUAAGAACGGCCAAGGCUCCUCGUACAUCGGGAACUGCGCAGGCAAGGCCAGCGGAACCGUGGCUGGACUCAGUCAGACGGACAAGAACAACAUCAAAGGCUUCAUUGGCGCGCAGAUGGCGGCUUAUGAAAAGGCGGCGGGAUGGAUUUUCUGGACGUGGAAGAAUGAGGGCGCACCAGAAUGGCACUUCAAGAAUCUCACGGAUGCUGGCCUGGUGCCAAGGUGAGGGUGGUGAAGAGCCGGGCGCUAUCGUCCAUUUCUCACGGGUUCCAGCUCGGCGCUGUAUCGUUGGAGACGUUCCAUGGAAAGAGCACGAUGGCUAUGAUGUCGAUGAAUGAUGAGUGUGAUGAAGAGACGGAAGAAAUGAUUAUCUUCGAUGAUACCCUCGUACCGUCGUUGCCGUUCGGCACGCUGUCUCCCGCGUUUCGGGAACUGUGUGGUUUCGCGAACACCGCCGGUUUUGCGCUGUAUGUACAUAGGAUGGGAAAAGAUGCAGUCAGAACAGUGAUACGUGAGGUUUUCUGAUCAACCUUGCUUAUCACACACGCAUGGCGCCAAUGCGGCAGGGGCCGACACAGGCCCCCUCACUGCCGAUCAUCUCCUCGCGUGGUCGAGAUGAUGAUUAUUAUUGUGGAGAGGUGGAGAGAGGCAGGAGGGCACUUCACUCUGCAGACGAACAAGUGCUGCCAUCACAG